CAAUUCAAAAGCUCUAAGUUCUGCUCCUGCUUUCGGUUUUACUAGCGCUUAGUUAGGAAUAGGAAGCGGGGCAGAAUUUCAGUUUGUCACCGCGGAUGAGCCUCUGCCACGUCAGACUGCACACGCCGCAGCUGCUCGGCUUCCAGGGUUUACACACAGCACAGCUGUGAAGCUAACAGGCUAAUCAGAGCAUAAUAUACACAAACUGUAGGUCGCAUCGAGGCCAACGCGGCUAGCUGGCUAACGUUAAAAGCUAGCUUCCUGCUGUGAGGUUGGAGCAGCAAAACCAUCGGUUUUUCUUUGUAUUUCAGUUUUAAUUUUGUCCUUUGUGUGCGUCUCAGGAUGGAGGGGAAAUACAACCUGAAGAGCCCGGCGGUGAAGAGGCUGAUGAAGGAAGCGGCUGAACUCCGGGAUCCCACUGAGCACUAUCACGCCCAGCCUCUGGAGGAUAACCUCUUCGAGUGGCACUUCUCAGUGCGCGGGCCUCCAGAUUCAGACUUCGACGGAGGGAUCUACCACGGCCGCAUCGUUCUUCCUCCCGAGUAUCCAAUGAAGCCACCGAGCAUCAUCCUCCUCACUCCCAACGGGAGGUUUGAAGUCGGGAAGAAGAUCUGCCUGAGCAUAUCUGGGCAUCACCCGGAGACCUGGCAACCGUCCUGGAGCAUCCGGACAGCUUUAAUAGCGAUUAUAGGGUUCAUGCCGACUAAAGGAGAGGGAGCUAUAGGAUCACUGGAUUACACUCCUGAAGAAAGGAAAGCCCUGGCAAAGAGGUCUCAGGAUUUCUGUUGCGAGAUGUGCGGUUGCUCGAUGCGUACAGCUCUGCAGCCACUGACGCCCAACAGCGAGCGCCAGCCUGUGGACCCUCAGGCCCAGCAACUAGCACAGCAGAUCAACUUUAAGGCUGAGUCCAGCACAUCAUCCACCGCCAGUGAGAGUAAAGAGACCGCGAGCGUUAGCCAAACUGCCCAACAGGAGACGAGCUCCAUCUCAGAGGGGCUGGACAGUGAAGCUACGGCUCCGGCCGAACAGGCUGAGUCGGUGUCUGAACCCGCCUCCACUCCUACGACUCCCAGCUCUCGGCCUCUGAGCCCUCGACAGCGGCGCGCUCAGAACCAGAACCAGAACCAGCCACAACGCCGGCCCACUUACCCAGCAUUCCCUGCAGCAGCCCAGCAAGACGGCAACCACACGGGCUCAGCCGUGCUCAUCGUGCUGCUCACGCUGGCUCUCGCCGCCCUCGUUUUCCGCAGGAUCUACCUGGCCCAGGACUACAAGUUUGACUACGAGCUCUGACCACAGAGUUUAAAAAAAUAUAUAUAUACACAUAUAUAAACUCCCACCAAAACUAAACUGCCGCCAACCUCCACCACCUUCCAGCUGCCACGAUCUCCUCAGUGGUGCCUGAUUGUGCUUAAUAGUGCAUACCAAAGGAGGAGGGCAGCUCAUACUGUACUUAUUUAGAAAUUAAUCACAUCUCUACUAUAUUUAGAAAAGAAAAUGACUGACUCAUGUUGGAAAUACACUCUUUCUUUCUUAAUUUGAAAGGACUGGCAGUCGAACUUCCUGUCCUGUCCAGGAAAUAUGGUUUGCCUGGAAUACAAUGGGAUCUCGCUGUUUUUUCCCCCCCAUAUGCUGACAUGUUAGUUGUCUAGGUUAUAUCUAUUGCAAGCCAUUUUAAUUGAGGUAAAGUUUUAUUUAUGACGCCGGAUAUGAAACAAUUAAUUCGUAAAUCUUUCUUGGGAGAAAUGUGGUACUCACGAAUCACCCCCUAAGUUUGUGCCGCCUAGUUUUUGUAAAUUUGAGUUUUAAAAUCGCAAUGAGUUACUGUAACAAAUCUGCGUCACCGGAAUGUUUUUAAAUCUUUCAGUUUGCUUUGGCCCCAUACUGCCGUUCACUAAAUCUGUCUAGUUUUUUUUUUUUUAUUAUUUUUUUAUUUUUUAUUUCAGCCUUCUGUUUACAUUUUUAUGGCCCCGCUUGUCUUUAAAAUGCUUUAAAAAGCAAAUGGGAUUGUCACCGUAAUUAUCACUGCAGUUAUAUGUACUCUAAAGGACUUUUAGAGGACUCUAAAAAAAAUUACGUAUUGUUCUUUUAAUAUUAACCCUUGUGCGUCAAUUAAAAAAAAAAAAGAGAGAAAAAAAGUUACACCUGGUUCCAUAGAGGACAAAAACGUCCAUGUCUAAAAACUGUCAUAAAAAUAUUAUAUGUUCAUAUUUUUUUUCCACUUUCACUGAUUAAAAGGUGAUUUAAAAAAAUAAUAAAAAAUUAAAACCAUCAUCAGUUCUAAUCAUAAUUCCCAAACAUUCAUUCUCAGAAUUUGAACCCUUUAAACGCCGGUUUCGUUACGUAAUGCAAAAAUCUUCAAAGCUCCGUAGCGUUUUUUUUUGACUCGUAUACGUGGGUUAGAUUUGUCAUUUCCAGUAUAAUAUAAUUUACUUUCUCUCAAACUGUUCACACACAUACGAACCCCGACUCUGAUAUCCACACACACACACAAUUAUAGCUGCAUCAUUUAUUCAUAUGCUCUAUAAUACAGCAGAAUCAGAAAAAAACAGAAAAGCAUGAGAAAAUACUACAUUUCCAGAAUUUUUUAUUUUUUUUUAAUCAAUGUUUUGAAACCUUACAGUUUGCCCUUAAGGUCUUGAGUGAGUAACUAUUUUGUGUACCUAGUUUAAAAUUUAUGAAAAGCAAAUGAGGGUGAAAUAUUAAAAUUCCAAUAAAAAAAUAAACACUUAAAAAUUGAUGCUGUUUGCAUCAACACAGACAAAAUUAUUAUUCUUUUUUUUUUUAUUUAAAAAAACAACAAAAUUAAAAAGACAAACAUGUGCAUAAGGACGCACAAGGGUUAAUGGUGACACAAAAGUACUCCGUUUUUAUGGGACUUUAUAAAAGUUGGACAACUAUUUAUUAAAAGCAGAUAAUCUCAAAGGAAAUAUCCGAACUGAAAGUGCUUAGUAAAUAUAAUGUAGGUAGGCUUUAGGCUUGUUCGAUAUUGAUUUUUAUUUUAUUUUUUUUCCACCUGUUGCUAUUUACCAUUAAAAAAAAAUUCACAGUGAAUGAUUGAUCAUCCAGAUAUUUAAAAAAAAAAAAAAAAAAAGAGCAUUCUACCAUUUCAGGUUUAAGGAGAGUAUGGGUUUGCUUAAUGUUAUUAGCUGUGAAGUCAGGAACUGCCUGGAUUUUGGAUUUCUCGCUGAUUCCAUAGCACAGUAAAGAGUUUGAUGCAAGCCUA